AUGUCGGAAAUUAUUAUCAAAGCGUUGAUUAUGUCAUCAGAACGGGAAGCUGUGAAUCUAUUGGUUGCAUUUAUAAGGAUUCCAAAGAAAGUUAUUAAAUUACAAGCUAGAUUAUUCUGGUCGACCAAGAUUUGCAGUCAGCCUUAG